UUACUAUAAAGGUUGAUAUGUAUCGGUCAACGCCUUUAUACUCUUCUUAUCUCACUUCUUCGCCAUUGAUAUCUGUUCAGCUCAAAAUUUCCCACUCUCAUGUGAAGCCUACACUAUGCCGCCAGACAGUUUACAUACUCCUCAUUAGUGCCCUUUACACCUUUGCCAUUUGUUGUGCCCCAAGAGUAUUAUAUUAUCUUCUCAUACAGCUCUUUGCUUCGGACUAUCUGUCUAUCUCAGGUGAUUUCUCCAGGACAGCCAUCCUAUCUUGAGGAGUCUUGAGCGUGUUCUUCAAAGAGUGGUUGACCAGGUCAAAAAUUGAGUCCUCUUGUAUAGUUCAUAAAGCAGCUUGCAUGAAAGUCUUUCAGCUUUCGGGUAGGUGUUGGACCUUGGUUUAUGCGUGAAGGCUACAAAUCUCAUUUUGAUGCUCUAGCGUCCCGCUUUGGCUGACAGCAGAGUAAGAGGAGGGGAGAAAGGCUCCCCCGAGUCGGACGAGAUGAGGCAUAGGUAGUGAAAAGAUGGAGAUGGGGAGACUAAAUAUAUAGAUGAAAAUAUAUUCCUGGCAUGCCUCAUCCAAUCAAUCCAAUCAAUCACAGCCCCAAGGCAUACCCACUGAAUCUCCCAGCCGACAGAAACUGUCGGGGGACAAUUGAGAAGACAAUUGUAUCUGAUAGUACCAGACUGCUAAGGCAGAAUAAGCAUUAGACAUGACAGACUUUACCAUGAUAGUUCUUGCAGUGAGGCUUCGCAUUACCUGUGCCGAUGUAUCUUAUCCUAGGAAAAGGGCAACCGGGACACCUCUUGCGCAAAACGAUACUAGGCAG